ACCCCAUCGAUAUAUGAGCAAUGGUAGUGUGUGCAAAUAAAAGUAGUCUUCUUUAUCGGUCGUACUGAUUUGGUUGAGUUUAUUCCUCACGGUUCAGUGAAUCAGAUUCUAGUUGAUGCUACUAUCAUUAGAUUGUUUGGAGGAGUCCGUUCUUUUUUUCUAUUUGGCAAUAGGUAUACAAAAUAAACAAUUAGGGAUGAUGUAUGGGUUUUUGGGGAUAAUUCACAUGCAUAAUUAGGAUUAGGUGAGGUAUCUGAAAUACAAAAGCGACCUUAAAGACUUUACUGCAAUUAUGAACUUCUAAGUUGUUCGGAUACAUAUACAUAUGCGUAUAAUUGGGAAGGUCUUUAUUAUUGGGGUGAAACUAAUUACUGUUGUUCUUAAUUUAAAGGAUUAUGUUUAGAUCCUAAAUAAUUACCAUAAAAAGAAGUCUCAUAAUUAUGUGCAUAAAAUGAUCGAUUUUAUUAUAUAUAACAUGGAGAUUUAUAUGGCUGUGGAUUCACACAUCUAUUAGGAGUUAAAACUAAUGUAGUUUCAACAUCUAAACCAUUACUUAUUAUGAAUAAAGUACUCAAGAUAUCCUGUUCAAUUACUCAUUCCUUAUUAUUAGAUGAUAAUGGAUAUGUAUAUUCAUGGGGAAAUGGUAAAAAUGGAGAAUUAGGACUAUAAAUGGCUGGAUAUUCAUUUUAAACUUAUUGUAAUACUCCUACUCAAAUCAAAAACUUAGAAAAAGUGUAAGAUAUUUAAUGUGGUAAUCAUUAUAGUUUGGCACUCAAUUAUUAAGGUAUAAUAUAUGAAUGGGGAAAUGGAUUAUAAUCUAUGACAUUUGAAUAAGCUCUAAAAAUUAAACAAAUUUAAAUGCCUAAUCAAUAUUCUAAUAUACGUAAGAUUCAUGUUGCUUCAACUUAAGCUGCAUGUGUUGAUUAACUUGGUAGAUUAUAUUCUUGGAAUUCCAAAAAUCCUAAACCUUAAUUCAUUAAAAGUGGGUUUAGAUGUGAAGAAUUCUUAUGUGCUGAUGAUAUUGUUUUAUUCAUUGGAAAUCAAUAAGCAUAUCAAGUAUCUGAGCAUUUUAAAUAAUAAGUUAAAGAUAAAGUUAAAAAAUACAAAGAUUACGUUGAAUUAAAAAACAAUAAAGUUAGAAAUCUAUUCUAUGAUCAAAAUAAAAGAACUAAAUGUUUAUAAGAAUUAAACCAAAAAACAUUAGAAUUAUAAAUUAAACCAAUCUAACCUGAAGAUUUCUUAUACUCUCGUUUAUAAAGAAAAUAAUCUUUAUAUGUUAUGUAAUUAAAGAGAAGAAGCACUAUGAUGAUUUCAGAAUUAUAAACUAUGGGUUUUCAAUCUGAGCAUUAAUAGAGAUUUAGUACAACAAAAUUUGAAUUGAUUAAAGAAUAAAUGAAAUCAGGAAAAUUAUAAUUGAUGAAGAAUGAUAAAGAAUCAAAAGAUGGCAAGAACUUCUAAGGAACUUGGGAAUAAUUUAAACUUCUUUCAAAAAAUUUGAAUCGUAAAAGUUAAUUAAAAAAUAGAAUACCUUUACAUAUUUUAAAUACAAAAUUACAAUAAGCAAUAGAGAUUGAUAAGGUUUCAGAUUUGAUAUUAGAAUCUGAAAGAUUGAAUCCCUUAUAUAUUCCUUUAGAUAACAUGUCUAAGCUUAUUAAGUCUUAACCAUUAACUUAAAGAGAACCAAUUCAAACGUAAGAACAUCAUGAAAAAGAGUUUAUAGAUGAUCCUGAUAUAAUGAAAUAUGAGUAUGUGAAACGUAUUUAUAAUGGAUAUCAUGAACAAUUGUUAAUGGAUAAUCUGAUGACAAAAGACUAAUGUUUCUUACCAAUAAAAUGGAAAAGACUAAAAGAUGAUACAAAAUUAUUUUAAGGUCGUUUUAAUCGAAUGUAACAAAGACUUCAGAGAGAGUAAAGAGACGCCAAAAAAUUAAUUAAAAUUACAGAUUUGUAACAUUUUUGA